CUCCGAAAGGCCUCAGAAAUGAAAGCUGCUGGUGUUGUGGUUCUGAUUGUCUGCCUCGCCACCGUCACAAAAUCCAAAGUCUACACUCGCUGUAAACUGGCAAAAAUAUUUUCAAGAGCCAAACUGGACAAUUACGGAGGCUUUAGCCUUGGAAACUGGAUCUGCAUGGCGUAUUACGAGAGCCACUACAACACCACGGCUCAGACUCCCCUCGAUGAUGGGAGCAUUGACUAUGGCAUUUUCCAGAUAAACAGUUUCACGUGGUGCAGAGACGCAAAGCUGCAGGAGAAGAACCACUGUCAUGUCGCGUGCUCAGCCUUGCUCACCGAUGACCUCACAGAUGCCAUUAUCUGUGCCAAGAAAAUUGUCAAAGAGACUCAAGGGAUGAACUAUUGGCAAGGAUGGAAGAAACACUGCGAGGGCAAAGACCUGUCUGAGUGGAAAAAGGGCUGCGAGGUUUCAUGA